AUGUCUAAACGCACAACAGAAGACCUGGAAAACUCGGAUAUUAUAGGUGCAACAAAGGCGCCUUUCGAUAGACUCGGAAAAAAAAAUGGGUCUCUAAAUGAGGAGAAAAUGGGGGAAUUUGAGGAUCCAUGGGAAGACGAGUAUGAGGAAGAAUUGAUAGAGAAUGCUGAAUCCGAUAUCGAAGACGAAGACGUUAUGGAGGUUGAAGAAAGUGCAGAACAGAUCUAUCUUCCUGGUCAAGAGCUAGAUAAAGAUGAAAUUUUAGAGGCGGAUCAGUCAGUAUAUGAGAUGUUGCAUUCCUUGAACGUUAAAUGGCCAUGCCUUAGCUUUGAUGUCUUGAGAGAUAAUCUUGGUGAAGAAAGAAAAACGUAUCCUGCAGCUGUAUAUAUUGUCGCUGGUACGCAAGCAGACAAACCAAAAAAUAACGAAUUGAUGGUGAUGCAUAUGUCUCAACUUCAUAAGACACAAAAUGAUGAUGAUGAUUCUGGUAAAGACUCGGUUGAUUCUGAUGAUGAGACAUUAGAUGAGGAUCCAAUAUUAGAAACAAAGAGUUUAAAACACUACGGUGGAGUCAACCGCGUUAGAGUAAUGCCCCAGAAAGAUUGUCAUAUAGCGGCAUCUUGGGCUGACACCGGCAAGGUUCUUAUAUGGGAUUUGGAACCAGCAAUUAAAUCCCUGGAAACAUCAAGUUUUCAAAUUCCACAUAAGGCGCUGAAACCACUUUAUACAGUCGAAAGUCAUAGUACUGAGGGUUUUGCGAUGGAUUGGUCAGGAACGGUUGCAGGGAGACUUUUAACUGGUGACCUUCACACACAUAUUUACCUCACAACGAAGUCGCAAUCCACAUUUAUUGCUGACCGAGUUCCCUUCGUCGGUCACACAUCCUCUGUUGAAGAUUUGCAAUGGUCACCGUCUGAAAAAGACGUGUUUGCCAGCGCGUCAGCCGAUCAGACGAUACGUAUAUGGGAUACAAGGAACAAAAAAAAGGAUUCCUUGUGUGUUAAAGCCCACAAUAGCGAUGUGAAUGUUAUAUCUUGGAACAGAAAAGUAAAUUAUUUGCUCGCGUCUGGUUCAGAUGACGGGGUUAUGAGCAUUUGGGAUUUGCGUACUUUUUUGAAUAAUCAAACGACACCUACACCUGUCGCAACUUUCAAAUGGCAUUCUGCACCAAUCACCUCUAUCGAAUGGCAUCCUAUGGAAGAAUCGGUUUUGGGCGCCUCAGGUUCAGACGAUCAAAUAUCCAUAUGGGAUCUUGCAGUCGAACAUGAUCCUGAAGAAGGAUCUCAUAAAAUUAUUGGGAAAGGUGGUGUCGAAGUGCCUCCACAACUUAUGUUUGUUCAUCAGGGUCAAAAUGACAUAAAGGAGAUACACUGGCAUCCUCAAAUACCUGGCU